GUUUACAUACUUCUUUGACAGUUGCUGCGAUCCCACCCAGUCGCGUAAUGUAAUGCAUAACAGCUGCGUGGUGACGUUGCCGCAGUGGGCGGGGCUAUUUCUGCUCGGACCGUUAGCGGAGCGAGAUAUAAACAGCGGGCCUUCCCUUGCGAUCCAGAACCACAUCCUGACAGGAAAGGGAGAGAGAGAGUGUGAAAGAGCGUGCAAAGAGUGAAAAAAAGGUCCGAUUGGAGAAACACUACGUUCUCUUAUGAGUAACAUCGUACGGAAACUGAAGACAGGCUUUGAGGGCCCACAGCAGAAGGCUCAGGGUGAAAUCUGAUGCAAUCUUUAUCCUGAGAACUUAGUCGCGUGCAUGCGUGUUAUCUUGUUGAGACACGCGUCGAUGCUUGAGCACUUUCUCCAAGAAAAUCAUCCUUCAAAACUGAGCUCUUGAACAUUAACCUUCACAGGAAAACCCGUUUGGGGGAAGACAGGAAAGUAGCAACUUAGAAGUCGAGUGUUGUGCAUUGUCUUUCACGAACUUCGCAUCAAGACACUUGAGCCAAGUGUUUUGGACAAACAAUUGGAGAAAGAAGAAGACAAAAAGAGCUCGUGUACUGUGAUUAUUUAAAAUAUACAUGUAAUUUACCACAUAAUAUACAUAUCAGCUCAUUUUGUUUCCUGAGCCUGAGUCUGUUUGGUGAAAGUGUGGUUAACUACAGUGCUCUUUUCAAAAGGAAUUGAAAAGAAAGACAAUAAAGGUCACAGUGGUUACAUUUCUGAAAAUUUCCCGUCGAGUCCCCAAAACACGAGCAGCAUGAGGAGAGAUAAUCUGGCCGUUCUGUCAGUGGCUGUGUUGUGCCUUGCGGUGUGUGCACGGCUGGUGAACGCCACCUCGGACCCCGCGGCAAACGCCUGCGAGUCUGUGUGCUGGGAUGAGAAUGCUCUGGCUGAUCAGUGUGAGCGACGCAGGAACAAUGGCACCCUCGUGUCUCCUCGGGAAGACUCGUAACUCGUAACAAACACGUUGGGGGGAAAUAACAUUUCAGUGGACGCGCCAUCACUACCAUCGAUGAAGAACCAACACGACUGUCCUUGAAAAACAAAACCAAAACCAACCCCCGCUACAACUAACUGACUCUUGUUUUUCCUGCACUUGAGACGAGUACUUGGUGCGAGGAGACGAUGGAUACGCAAUACUGUUGCUCUUGGAGAGAGAGAUGAGGGAUGUGUGCAUUUGUCAUGCACAAGUACCUUGUGACUAAUGAUAUUGUAUUUUUGUCGGAGUUAGAUUGGGAACGGAUUUUUUUAGGGGUGAGGGGGGGUGAGAGAGAGGGUGAGAGAGCGGUGGGGAGGGGGGAGAAGAGACAGACAGUGGGA